GGCUUCAGUAGACCCACUUCUCCUACUUCUGCAGUGCCUGUCAUCAGAAAUCACAUUCGAUCACCAGUCGCCCCUCAGCCUGCCAGAGUUUCUCCUUUAGCGUAUACGAAGCUGCCCCGAAUGGACCAGCCCCGUCGCAGUAGCCAGCACGAUAAUGGACGUGGACUAGUCUCCCCUCGCACUGACGACAACCGAAGGAACAACCACUCUGGGCCAGGUCAAGGCGAUCAUCCGUCCCCUCGAAUGUCUAGGAGACAGAGUCCUGCCGGACCGCAGCAAAAUCUUCGCAAUCCCAGGAAACGGAGAAGGGAGGUCGAGAAUGGCAGAGGUCAAGGCGGAAACAAGCGCAUGGCACGAUCACCUGAGCCAGAGACGGAGGUUGAGAUCGAACCAUAUAUCAAGGAGGAGCCUAUGUCCCCUCCUCCGUUCGCUGCAAGUGCAUCCGAUCCCUACAGUGCCAAUCGAAGACCCCUGCGACAACUACCGGACGAUGUUGAGAUUGUUUCCACACGCGAUGCUCGACCACUACCCGUAUAUUACAGGGAGCAAGAUCCACUGCCGCGGACAUACAAGCAGAUGGAGGAACCCGCAUCGCCAACUUUCGUCCGGGUACCAUCCCGUACAACCCAUCGCCAAGUUGAUGACCAGGACUUGAGGCGGGUUGCUAGCCUUCAGUAUGCGCGUCGUCCGUACUCUCCUGCGGGCCCGGAGCCAGUACCGUACUCUCCUACUGAUGUUCGACAUGUUCGUGCUGCCUCCCAUGCUUUCAACGAUCGCCUAGCACAGCAGCCGGUCUUUCGCCAAGCCUCAGUUCGUCCACCAGCAGAUCAGCCCCGGUACAUCCGCGAUCGUUCCCGAUCACCCGUUCAGGAAUAUCUACCCAGAGCACACAGUCCUCAGGCAAUGGCGCCUCCACCUCGUCAAAUAGUUGUCGAUCAGUAUGGCAACAAGUACUAUGCCUCGCCCGUAGUUGUGGAUCCGAGAGCAUCAAUGGCGCCACCUAGCCGACGCGUCGAAGUCGACCCAUACGAGCGCGCGGUUACACGAGAGCCUUUGGUGCGAGCACCGGUACGCAUACCAGAUAUUUAUGGUGAGGGCGACAAUCACCACAGGAUGCCUCCGCCGCCUUCACGACGAUAUGUGGAGCCGGACGUCGAGAUGAUCGAGCCUCGGUCGUAUCGACAAAGGGGCUUCUCUACGCGGCCAGUCGAACCAGAAUACCUCCCGAUGCGAGAGCCUUUGCCGAUCGAAAGACGGCCAGUCGCGGCCUAUGAGGAGAUGGGCCCGCCUCCACGGGAGUAUGUGUCCAGGUCUUUUAGCGUCCGCCCUGAUCCUGUCAGGCGCGAGGCACCGGGUGAGUAUAUCGCACGCCACGAGAGCGUCCAGCCCGGCCUUGCUAGGCGAGUCGAUCCGGCUCCGCAGCGAUACCGUGAGGUCAGUAUGGUCCCGGCAGAUCCGUAUGCUGCUGCGGACGAUCGCCGGUAUGCGUAUGCCGCGCCGCCGCCGCAGAGACGGUAUUUGGAUGAGCAAGAUCGGCCGAUCGAGGUCGCGCAUGAUCAGUACGCUGGAGAGCCGAGAAGAGUCAGCUAUCGCUACUAAUUGUGUACGGUAUCGGUGUUUGAGUUGAUAUUGGCCGCUGGCCACAUUCGUUGUCCUCCUAUAAUGCUUGGUUUCCGUGUUUAGAGGGGAGGCGCGGCUGUGAGGGCUGGCUCCAAAGACGUGGUAUGUAUGGGAGGUUAUUUUGAUCGGCUUAGCCAGAUCAUAUAGCGGAAGUCAGAGGAGUAGUUUGGAUAUGAUGCGACUGCGGUCUCGUGCAGGAGCAAAUUAGGAAAUGCAGCAGUGUUUGUCGGCGUCUUUGAUAAAUGUGUUGGCGUACUCCCGCUGGUAGUGAACAGGCGCAUACUCCAUUUAAUGAUGAACAGGCAUGUAGGGUAGGCGCCGCGCAAGCAAGACAAUGAGGUG